AUGACGAUUCAACAUGGACGCCUCCAUCUCCCACAUCACUGAACGUCUCUCCGUGAGGUUAUGACAGAUAUGCGAUUGAUAUUCUCUGAAUAUGAUUCUGAACUGAUUUUUUACAAAGCUGGUGUAAAUAUGUAAGUAAUUACCGUUAGUAAUAUGUCUAUUCUGAGUGGUAAAGUCGUUGGACCGACGUCAUGUUUCCACAAGAUGUGCUGCCUCUGUCUCCAAUCCCUGGUCAGGAAUAAGCCUCUCCUCUACCCAACCACUGGACUCAGACUGCUACAUCCUGUGACAAGUCAUCACAGACCUUUCCAUGGAUAUCCUCUCCAUCCGUCAUCCAUCAGUCAAUCUCGGGCAUGUUACAGCACCUCCUCUGACGAGAAGAACCUGGACAGUGCGCAGAGUGCUCCAGGAAAGACGGCGGACCAGGGGCCAUCUGUGAACGCGCCUGCCCCAACAAACAGUGUGCAGAGUGCACCAGAAAAGGACCCGGGGCCGCCCAUCCCCCCUACCUGCUGCUGCAUGAGCGGUUGCCAUAACUGCGUGUGGAUCGAGCACGCGGAGCAGCUACUGAAGUACUACCAUGACGGCGGGGACAAGGCGCUGGCGGCCAUUGAGGAAAAUGUGCAGGACGAGAACCUCAAAACUUACCUCAAGAUGGAAAUCAGACUCCUGAAGAAACCUUGAUGUGUGUGUGUGUGUGUGUGUGUGUGUGUGUGUGUGUGUGUGUGUGUGUAUGUGUGAUGCGCAGAGUGCAGACCUAAAAUGAGAUUGUGUGUUGGUUGCAAGAUGGUUGCAGUAGUGUAGGACAGUCAGUCAUAAUUUAGAGACUGCAGAGAGAUGCCUUGACAACAGUGCUUUAAUGGGGCAGUCCAAAGUUCUGCUGCGCAGUCAGCUUUAGGCCUUUAUCAGCAACAGUAGCCAAACCACUGUCAAAUCACUUCUAACACUUUUAA